UGCUAGGAUGAUGCCCCUGCACGCUUGGACAAUCUGGGACGACUCCGGAUACUUGAGUAUCCAGAGAACUGCUGGUAGCUAACAGGUCGUGGUUGUGGAGAACCAAGAUCCCAAGGGGAGAGGAUCUGAAAGGCUGAGGGGAGGGGUGUGAUCUAGGGACACAGCAGAGUUUUGGCGUGAGGGCAAAGCUGGCAGCCUGGCAGGAGACUGCGGGUAGGAGAAGCCUGAGUAGAGCCUAGAGCUCCGCUGGCAGAACAGACCGCACCUGAGACCCGGCUCGUGGAGGGAGGGGCGUGCGAAGGGCGAACGGAGCUCCCGCGGCCGGGGGGCGCGCGGCAGCGCGGGGAUUGGAGGGCGCUCGCGGGCCCCGCGCGCUACUUAGGCGGAGCGGUGGAGCAGAGCUUGUGCGCGCGACCCCAACCCGCUGCUUGGUCCUUGGCGCACCGCUCAGCUGCUCCACCGUGUUCCGGCGCCUGGGGUAAGUACCCCCAAAGCAUGAACGUGCCCUCAACACUGCCCCCCGGGGUCGAGGACAUCACUUGGACCCCUGGGACCAACGCCAGCAGCGCUCCGGACGACGAGGGAGAUGCGGUGCGGUCCGACAGCACAGGGACAGCGGGCAUGGUUACUAUCCAGUGCAUAUAUGCGCUCGUGUGCCUGGUGGGUAUGGUGGGCAACGCCCUGGUCAUCUUCGUGAUCCUACGCUAUGCCAAGAUGAAGACAGCCACAAACAUCUACCUGCUCAACCUGGCGGUCGCCGACGAACUCUUCAUGCUGAGCGUGCCAUUCGUGGCGUCGGCGGCCGCCCUGCGCCACUGGCCCUUCGGGGCUGUGUUGUGCCGCGCAGUGCUUAGCGUGGACGGCCUAAACAUGUUCACCAGUGUCUUCUGCCUCACCGUGCUCAGCGUGGACCGCUAUGUGGCUGUAGUGCACCCUUUGCGCGCCGCCACCUACCGGCGGCCCAGCGUGGCCAAGCUAAUCAACCUGGGAGUGUGGCUAGCAUCCUUGUUGGUCACCCUGCCCAUUGCAGUCUUCGCUGACACCAGGCCUGCUCGCGGGGGCGAGGCCGUGGCUUGCAAUCUGCACUGGCCUCACCCAGCCUGGUCUGCAGUCUUCGUGAUCUAUACUUUUUUGUUGGGCUUCCUACUCCCGGUUCUGGCCAUCGGUCUAUGCUAUCUGCUUAUUGUGGGCAAGAUGCGUGCGGUGGCCUUGCGGGCUGGCUGGCAGCAACGGAGGCGCUCAGAGAAGAAGAUUACGAGGCUCGUGUUGAUGGUAGUGACCGUCUUUGUGUUGUGCUGGAUGCCCUUUUAUGUUGUGCAGCUUCUGAAUCUGUUUGUCACCAGCCUCGAUGCCACAGUCAACCAUGUGUCCCUCAUCCUCAGCUAUGCCAACAGCUGUGCCAACCCCAUUCUCUAUGGCUUCCUCUCUGACAACUUCCGGCGCUCUUUCCAGCGGGUUCUGUGCCUGCGCUGCUGUCUCCUGGAAACGACUGGAGGUGCAGAGGAAGAGCCCCUGGACUAUUAUGCCACUGCUCUCAAAAGCAGAGGGGGUGCAGGAUGCAUAUGCCCUCCACUGCCCUGCCAGCAGGAGCCCUUGCAAACAGAACCUGGCUGCAAGCAAGUCCCUUUCACCAAGACUACUACUUUCUGAAGACCGUUGGCACCCUUCCUCAGCUCACCUGCAAACUGGUCAUGGCCUCCCUCUCAGCCCAGUAACUUUAAGAACAACCCUUGUUUUCACUAAGCCAGCCCUUUGCAGCAGUCUGUGCUGUCUCCAGGAGCCCCAGGACUCCUGCUAGCCCCUCUCCUAGGACUGGCUUUAAGGACACUUGCGUGGGGGUAGGACUCCUCUGGGAACUGGUUAGAGUACCAGCCAUUCCUGAACGUCUGGUAGUUUUUUCAGGGGUGAGAAACAGGAGGUAGCCAGAAAGGAAUGUCUACCCUUGUGUGACUUGUGAUAGUGACUGCUUGGAAGAGCCCUGGGAGGGUGAGGUAGGCAGAGCCCCUUCCCGCUGCAGGCUCUUUGCCUUAUGGGAGUAGGGGAGUGCACAUGGCGAGGCAGGAGAUGAUAAGACCCCUCCAAGAGCUUUCCCUCUGCGUCUGUUUGAGACUCUUGUUGCUAAGUGAGAGGUCUAUGCAACAGCUGAGUGUACUUGCUUUGUCACCCCCCAAGUGUCUCCCGGUUGUCAAGAGGCCAGUAGCAGACUUCCUGCGAGUGCAAAGGGUUUAUAGAAAUACAAUGUGGGGGUUGUUGCAACGCGUAAAACUUCUGGUCAGGAAUUAAAAGGCAGAAAGGAUAAAAAUCUCAUCUGCUGCAACUUUUUCCCCACCUCCUUCCCUGGCUACAGGAAUAGGAAGCCUCAUUAAAGCCCAAGUAAUGCUGUGGGGGAGGGGGUGUCAGGAAAAGACCAGAGAAAUAGGGUGGAGGGGAAACAGACUGUGUUUUGACACCAGAUGCUGACCACAGGGAAAGGGCGUCAUCCCCGUGAGCCUGGUAAGUUAACCACAGCUCCAAUGAUCUUUCCCCUGAGAAGGAUUCACAGCCUAUGAGAGCUUUACUUCUGCUCCAGGAGUGGGAGAAGCCAGGCAGAUGCUGUGUCUGAGUGAGGACUGGUUGAUUGCAGCCCAGAUCUGUACAGCAGAAGAUCCUGCUGAGUUGCCCUGACCCCGAGCUGGUGGUACUUGAAUAAUAAGUCAAGAGGGGCAGGAGGAAGACAAGGGUAGUCAACUGGGCAGUUUCUACAGCUGUCUGGAAGACAAGGGUGGUCUUUAAAAGAAAAAUACCUAUUAUCCUGGAAAAGAUAUCUCUGUGUGUUCUAGGGCAGUCAGCGUGAGUUCUGUUGGGAAGCUAAUGGGAAUCCAGGCUGGCCCGAGAGGCAGGGUAAGGCCUAAGGAAAUGCCUUGCCACCAUGUGGGUUACAAGUGCAUCUCCGAGAGCCUGGGAGAAACAGGAGGUGACCUUUUCUGGGCUGCUUGCCCAGAGCCAUGACUUGUGUGGCAGUAGCAGUGCCUGGUAUGUGGGAAAUGGACAAGAGAGCUGAAUUCUGGUUCCAGGCACAAAUGUCUUAUGACCCAAGUGGCGCACCCAGGCCAGGUCUUCAGAAUUCUCUUAUCUGGAAAUGUCAACAGGUCCUUGUAGUGUGGAGACUCUUUUGUUGAUGCUGUUCUUUCUGUUGUUUUGUCAUUGUUGCCGCUUGUUCUGUUGCUGUUGUUUGAGACAAGAUAAGGUAACAUAAAGUAACAUCAGCCAUAGUAGCUAAGGAUGACCUUGAACUUCUGAUCCUCCGAUAUCUACAUCCUGGGUGUUGGGAGGACAGUGUGCAACCCCCUGUCCAUUUUAUAUACAGUGUUAGGGAGAGAACUCAGAGCCUCACGCUGGGUGAGCAGGCACUCCACCACUGAGCUACAGUCUCAGCCCCACAUGGUGACCCUUACAGCACUAACCUUAACUUUUUUUUUUUUUUUUUUUUGGCUAGAAAUUCCAACUUCUUCACUGACAGUAGAAAUGAUAGAAGCCUAUGUUAAGUGUUGGAUAUGUAACUGUAGGAUUCUUCUCCAAAUGCAGUUAGCUAGAUGGCCUAAGAAUGACAAUGUUGAUUGCGGGUGUAUCAGAGGGUUGUGUAGGAGUAUGUGGAAGCCAACGGGAUCUGCUAACCAGGUGAGCUUCCCUUACCUAUAGAAGAACUGCAUUGCCAGACCUCUUCCAUACCCGAGGCCACGACUGUGGAUUGGAAAUCUCUAAAUAGUGCACCGCCCCUUUGGUUUCACUAGCAUGGAUACACACGUUUACACACAUGCGCAUACCAUUCCUAACUGGUCAUUACUUCCCGCAGUCACCCUGGGCAUGCAGGACAAGUCAGUCAGUCUGUGGGUCUUGCAUAAGUAACAGCAACUUCUUGUAAGUUGUUAGAUGAAAUUGUUUCUUUCUCUGUCCCUGAUGUCUGGCAGAGGGGACACCUGAUAAAUAUGCUUGAACGUCACUGCAAGGAUCACCUAGUGGGAAAUUUUGACUGUAGCAAAAUUUGCCUAGUUUGAGUGGGUCUGGAGUUCCUUUUUUCAGCCUCCCCAAGACAUGCUUGUUUGCCUGGAAAAAGACUAAUUCCAUUUAUUAAUGCAAGAUCUUAACAGGGAUUAAUGGUGGCUGAGGGGCCAAUACCUUCAAGCUGGAGAGUCGCCAAUGAUAACAGAAAGAAAGCAUCAGCUUUAGCUAGCUCAUGAGCAGGACUUCCUGCUCUCCAGCCUGCUUCCCACUCUUACUAUAUGUACAAAAGAAAGAUUUGCAUUCUAAGCUCUUCUGUUUUGUCUGUGCUACCGCAGAAUCUCGACAUUAAUCCCAGCAAAUCGGGACCUGGUGACACUUGCCUGGUAGAUUGUAAGUGGCAACUCACCACCAUUUCUCACACUCUUAUCCUGAAUGACAGUACAGGCUUAAAUUCUCUGAGCAUAGAUGUCAGAAUUCUGAGUCUGUGUUUGCUGAAACAACGCUGCUGGGUUAGUCAGCACCACACCCCAAAACUCGACUUUUGGGUCCAUGUGCAGGGAGAUGUCUUCAGUGACAGUAUGCUGAGGGUGUCUCUUGGUGACACAAGCAGCUUCCAGGCAACAUGGUGAGUCAGUAUGGUGUGGAACUUGGAAAUGAUUGGCAAAGACCGGCAUUAACCAAGUAACAAUAUAAAUUAAAGGAUAAUUGAAUUCCAAGCUAAAAUAAGAACCAUGCCAUGGCUGGAGAUGCAUCUUAAUGGUGGACUGUUUGCCUGGCAUGUGCAAGGCUCUGGUUUCAUUCCUAGCAACACACACACAAACUAUUCAAAGAAGGAAUUUGGUUCCCAUGAGCUAAAACGAUAGAGUCAGCCCUGCUCUUGUAGCAGGUAUUCCUGGGACAGUGAGGAGGAGGGACUAGGGUGGUGUGGAGGCUUCUCUGUGUGUUAUUAUUCAAAUUAGACUUUCUUUAGUCAUUUUGUGCAGGCAGUGAUCUCUCUUCUGCUCUUCUGAUGAAAACAUCAUUUGCCGAAGGGAAAAUUCACCCUUCCCAGGUGUGCUGUUCUAUGACUGCUGAUGCACAGUUGCAAUUUCGAAGUUGUCACCGCAAUCAAGAGAGACACAGAGCCCAUCCUCAUUGCUCUCUUUGUGAUCUGUAGCCUACCGAGGCGGACCACAGGGAAGACAAGAAGCACGCAAAAUUACAAUGAGGCUCUCCCUAAAUCUUGGGUGCUGCCCCCAUUAUGCCAGCCCUGGGCCCCUCCUAUAACCAAGGAGAACUCAGCCCAGAGACUCAGGCAGCUGCAGCCUGCCUUUUAGUUCUAAACCUGGAAGAUGUGUUGUGGAUUUCAGAAAGCUUUUGCAGAAACAGGGACGUUGAAUACACAUGUUCCUGGGCAAAGCAAAGCUGCGGAUUCCCUAUGGACCUGUAACCUUUGGAACACUGGAGGAGGAAUGUGGUUCCUUCCAGGCCAGGAACCCAUGCUCCCUUCCUGAAAGAACAGUGAGGGUAUUGUGGCAAUCUCGCUCUAGGCGGUCUGACCAGGCUUCAGUUUCUCUUGCUGCCAGUGCUGGAUUACUGCAGAACCACCUUUUAGGAGGAGAGGGAAAACCCAGAUGGCAGUUAAACAUCUGCAAAGAAUCUGGGAUGUUUGUGUUUGCGGCUUAUACCUGUGGACCAGGAUUUUCAACUUGUAGCAGGAGAGAAGGGCAGAGACUGGGGUCAAAUUAGCAUGUGAAAGAGGCUAGAGGGCUGAAGGGAAGACUAGCGACCCCUUCCCACCAAAGCUGAGGUGUAACAAACAGAGCCUGUGCAAUACACAAAGGAGGGGUGGCUUCUAUAAGGUCCCUUCCAAUCUGUGAGACAGGACAUGGGUACCCUUGAGCUACUGACCUUUCUCCCAGCCCUGGCCCACUUCCUCCCCUGGAAGUGCUUUCUUCCUUAAUAAACUUGUUCUGC